AUGGACGAUUCCGAUGAGAUCCCCUCAGUGGAGGCAGUUGAAGGUGCUGAAGAAGUACGGCCGGCUAAGAAGGCGAGGACCAACUGGAAGGAGUUGGCGGCGACAGCUAAGCCUAAUCCUAAUGAAGGCGGUGGGCUCUUCGAGUUCACUGGUCUAAUGCCCCAUCUGUCGGCAACAGCAUGCGCUGCGACUACCGAGUAUGUCGUUGGGAUGGGCUCUCGUUAUUGUCACGGGUGUGGCAGCUUAUUGGCGAGGCAUAAGAUUGGGGUUAGGGGAAGUAUGAGACCGCGGCCUGGGAAUGUCGAGCAAUUCUUAUCGAUUUUCUGUCGACUGAGGAACGCUCGGGUGACGGUGAUGGCCUUGGCGCUGGGGGAGCUGGUGAAGGGAAAAGACGCGCACAAGGUUCUGGAGGAAGUCAAACGGCAACUGUCCGAGGUGUCCCGGCAAGUUGAAGAUUUGCCUGACACGAAUUCUAAGCCGCGGCUCAUGAGUGCCCUAAAGGAAGCCUUGGGGCCUCUGGAAGAGAUACCGGCUAAGAGAGAGCGGCCCGAAGGGGCAGAGGAGGAGGUGGAGGAGGAACAGCAUGUUGACAUGGUGUGUGUGAAGAAGUCUAUUGAGGUCGCUAUGAAUCUCGAUGGAGCGUACUUCUGGAUGUACUAUAUGUGCACUAUGUCGUUUGAGCACGGCCAUAGGGUUCCCUCUGGGGGGUCGUCCUUGGCCUUGCCGCCGCCGUUGGAGUAUUACUCUGUGUGGUGUCUUCUGGCCGAGGAAGAUGUUGACAGGCAGGAGAAGGUGGGCUCGGUAUUGAGUGGAUGGGAUGAGAAAAAACGAAGGCACUUGGGGGAGGCGGAGCGAAGCAUUAUUGAUGAAGCUACCCGUAUCCUCGAUGGCCCCUCUUUCGACACUACUGCCUGUAAGAACCCACUCUACUCUAUACAGUGUAUCCGCUGGGUAGAGUCUCAGCGUGUAUCGCAUGCCCUACUAGAGGGAGGCAAAGUGGAUACGUGGGAUGCCCUGGUACCAUGUGGGAUGGGCACAAGGGCGGAGGAGACGCAGACGUUGAAGCAGGGGGAUCCGCUGAUGCCUAGCAAGAUUCUCUCGGACUGGGUCGAUUCGACGAGAGACUAUAUGUGCCAUAUAUACGCCUAUGCAACACCUACGGAGUCUGCUCUAGAGCUCCUGUCGAGCUUUGUUCCAGGUGGGGUCGUUGAGGUCGGCAGUGGUACCGGGUAUUGGGCCAAGCUGUUGAGGGAUCGAAAUGUGAAAGUAUUGGCCUUGGAUAAGAACCCACCGGAUCACCAAGCCAAUGCUUACCAUGGCCGAUGCAGACCACACACUGAAGUGAAGAAGGGUAACGCCGCGGAUCUGCAGUCGUUGUCAGCAGAGGAGUACCCUAAGCUCAUGCUGUGCUACCCGCCACCUCAGGAGCAUAUGGCGGCUGAGGCGAUUGGUAACUUCAAGGGAGACUAUGUGUAUCAUAUUGGGGAGUGGUUUGGUGACACGGGGACGCUAGCGAUGCAGAAGGCCCUUGGUCAAGGGUUUAGGAUGAUCAGAAGGGAACCGCUACCGAACUGGCCCAGCACCAGCUAUGAGAUGACUAUAUGGAAAAGAAGGUCGAAUAAGGAUGACGAUAAAGGGGAGAACGCCUUACCGGCUGUUGCAUGUUCCCAUUGUGGCAGGAAGGCUCAGGUCAGAUGCCGUGUUACUUGUGAGAUAGCGUAUUGUAAUAAGGAAGAAUGUCUCGAUGCCCAUAGGAGUAGACACCGGACGCUGAUGGCUUUCAAAAUGGUGCCGGUACACAAGAAGCUGAUGAGUAGUUUGAAGCUGAGCAAUAAGCAAGCACUGCGAAAGCUCAGACGGCGAUGA